UCAAGCCGCUCAGCUCAGAAUGAGGGUGCAUCGCGGGAUCUGCGCCAAGCUGCAGAGCGGCUUCCUCAGACGAUGGUGGGCGGCCGUCGCGUGCGGUGUCCUGCUGAUAAUCCUGGCCGCCGUCCUGGCGGUCCUGUUCCCGAAUCUCAUUAACCUGGUCCUGGACAGUGAGCUCACGUUACGAGAUGGCGGCCGCACGUACAAGUUCUGGCAGAAGCCGCCGGUGGUGCCGCGUAUGCAAGUUUACAUCUACAACGUGACGAACGCCGACGAGUUCCUGAACAACGGCGAGAAACCGGCGCUGCAAGAGCUGGGCCCGUACGUUUACGAGCAGAACUGGGAGAAGGUGGAUGUCAAAUUCAACGAUAAUGGGACCGUCACCUACAAAGUCAAGAAGACAUUCCAGUUCAACUCGGAGCUGUCAUCCGGUUCCGAGGACGAUCUGGUGGUCGUGCCAAACGUUCCUAUGCUCUCGGCUACCAGCCAAUCGAAGCACGCCGCCCGUUUCCUGCGACUGGCGAUGGCGUCCAUCAUGGACAUCCUGAAGAUCAAGCCGUUCGUCGAGGUGUCGGUCGGCCAGCUGCUCUGGGGUUACGAGGACCCUCUGCUCAAGUUGGCCAAGGACGUCGUGCCCAAGGAGCAAAAGCUGCCGUACGAUCAGUUUGGCCUGCUCUACGGCAAGAAUUCGACCGGGUCGGAUCUGUACACGAUAUUCACGGGCGCCUCCGACAUCACCAAAUUCGGGUUGCUGGACAGGUGGAACGGCAAGAACGCCCUGGGCCACUGGACCACGCCGGAAUGCGACUCCGUCAUGGGGACCGACGGCAGCAUAUUCCCACCUCACAUCUCGAAGCACACCGUGCUCAAGGUCUUCGACAAGGACCUCUGCCGGACGUUGCCGCUGGUCUAUCAGCGCGACGUGAUAGCCGCCGGCGGGAUCCCUGGCUACAGAUUCUCGCCGCCCCUGGACGUCUUCACCUCGGUGGAGAAUAUGCCGUCGCAGAAGUGCUAUUGCCCGGCUGGACCGCCGUGCGCCCCGGAAGGCACCUUCAACGUCUCCCUGUGCCAGUACGAUUCGCCGGUCCUCCUCACUUUCCCGCACUUCUACCUUGCCGAUCCGGCCUUACGGGAGGCUGUGACGGGCAUAUCGCCGCCGGAAGCUGAAAAGCAUCAGCUCUACAUCGACGUGCAACCGAUAAUGGGGACGGCUAUGAAGGCGCGAGCGAGGGUGCAAAUAAAUCUCGCGGUCAGCCAGGUGCGUGACAUCAAGCAAGUCGCUUCGUUCCCGGAUAUCGUCUUUCCCAUUAUGUGGUUCGAGGACUGCGUGGACGAGCUACCCGCGGAGAUGCGUUCCCUGCUGAAGCUGGCGGUGGAGCUGCCGCCGGUGGCACACGCCGCGGUGUCCGGCGCCCUGGCGGUGAUCGGCGCGAUCGUCCUGCUCGGCGCCCUCAUGUGCCUGGCGCGCGCCGCCAAGCGCCAGGAGAAGCUGCACCUGAGCAACCCGCUGCCGGCAAACGCGACGAGCACCAAGAACGGCCAGCUGAACCCGGCCUUCAGCAAGUAGGGGGGUCCCCGGUCCCGCUCGCUUAAGUGAUGGAAUCGACGAGACGAGUGCGCGCGAGUGCUCAGAGGUCCUGCCCUCCCCGCGAGGGUAAAUUCGCCCCUCUCGCGCGAGGACUUGUACGAUAAUCUUAUAUCUAUAGAUAUUUUAUAGAGAGGGCGAUGCGGGCAUGUGCUUUAUAUCUCGAUUAGGAUUUCCACGUUCAAAUCUCGCAGAAGAGGAGGAAGAGGCUCUCCGUCCGACGCGACGCGACAUUUUAUCGGGUAUCAGGCGGACACAGCCGAUAACGGUUUUAGAUUAAUUUAUGCUUACGUGUGUUUCUUCUCGGGAUGGUAUUUUUUUUUUCGUCAGACGGCGCUUGUGGUCGCGCGAGUACAAAUUAAUUAAUCGCGAGCAACGGUCGGCGACGGAUUCGGAAUCCGCGUGGAGCAGAGAGUCGUUUCGACGUUGUUUUUCUUUUUCAUUGCUCAAUGUAUGAAAGGAGUUGACGCUAAAAAUUUGCGCGUCGGGGGGUAUUUCCGAAAAAUGCCUCGGAAUUAUUUGCAAAUUUUAAAGUCAACAUCUCGACGAAAACAUAUUCGAAAGUAUCUCCGUCACGGCUUUUUAAUCUCGACUGUUGACUUCUCAACGGAGAAAUCGCUCGGAAAAUAAAAUCUCACUAUCUUAUAUUUACUCGAUAUAUUAUUACUGCAAAAAAAAAAUAACAUUAAAGUAGUCGCGCGACAAUAUUUUUCCUGCGAUACCGCGCGGAAAUGGCAAAAUUGGAUAGCAAAUCGUUGUUCCGAGGAACUCGGCGAUUGAAAUUUACGGUUACGCAACGUCGUACGUUUUACCAAAACAAUUAAUAUUAAUAAUGCGAACUGCUCCUUGCUCCACGCAAUCGAAUCGAUUCUCAAGGGUCGCCAUUUUAAUCGCGCGCGAAGCAAUUAUCGCGGCGAAUGUUGAUGUAAGGAUCAAAAAUAAAAUAAAAAUUGAAAUUCUGUCCAUGACGCUCCAUCUCGAGGUCAAGCUUCGUACACGACUUCAAUUUGGAUUGCACGAACGUGUUCGCAACGAGUGGUUUGUGUAACCGGGACGCAGCAACAGCGGAACGAACAGAAAUCUCUUUUUCUGUACAUAGAAUCUGGCCGUCGUUGUCGUCUACCGAUUUGUAAUUACCAAGAAUGUACUAUUUCUCGUUAUUCGUUUGUACAUGUAUUAUUAUUAUUAUUAUAUUACUAGACGUAGAUUGUAAUUAGAUUUAUAAUAAAUGAAUUUACUUUUGUAUGAUAAAAAUCAAAAGAUACCAAACGAAUAGCGCGCGCGCGCGCGCGCGGGCGAGAAAUCUGGUUAUUGGUGUCAGCGUAAUCGUUAUGUAGUUGUAUAUUGUAUUCUUAUUGUAAUUCGUAUAUAUAAUUGUAUUCUUUUUCAAUUUUACUAACUCUCAAAAAUUGUGCGUGUAAAAUUCUACAAGACGGAGUAUUGUAAUUAACUUGUUGCAAAAGAUUUAUCAAUUUUUCCCAAUCAAGUUUCGUAUUGAAUUGAAAUUCAUAAAAACUUAAGUGCCUUGAAAGAAGAAUGGAAUUUUCUACUUGUCUUGUGAGAGUAGUUCCGGUAGUUUCGCUUCGAUUUUGCUAAGAUUCUGCUUCCUACUCUAUUUCGACAAAUACGACGACGAAUCUUUUGUAACAACUUGAUAUUUUUAAUUUUAAUUUUGAUUUUAAAUUACAAAUAUAAUGUAAGAAAGAGAAAGAGAGAGAAAGGAAUAGGAACUCUCAACUUUUACUUAUUGCUCACGCCUUAUUCUCUUACGUAUCUCUUCUCUUUCGUUCUAAGAAUUUCCAAGUAUUUUUGAAUUCUUUUCCUUCGCCCUUUCUCCUGCAACGGGAGGAACGGGGGAAGACUGGGGACUCGUUCGAGAAACUGAACGCAGGAGAAAAGAGAAAAAUAUAUAUGAGAUAGAAUAUUAA